CACACACACAUCCUCUCGUGUCCGGACGACAAGAGCUGUUCAUUCUUCGCGGUAUACGACGGCCACGGGGGCGCCAAAGUGGCCCAGUAUGCCGCCAAACACCUGCACCGCAAGGUCUGCACCCACGCCCUCUACCACAAGGGUCUGGUCGAAGAGGCCAUUCGCCAGUCGUUCCUCGAGUUGGACUCAGAUAUGCUGAGCGAUGACCAGAUGCGCGACGAGUUGGCCGGCACUACAGCCAUCACUUGUCUCAUCAAAAACAAUAAGAUUUAUUGCGGAAAUGUGGGCGACUCGCGAGCCGUGGCCUCGUUUGGGGGUCGAGUGGACGCCCUGUCCUUAGAUCACAAGCCCUCCAAUGAGAUGGAGUCGAGACGGAUCUGUGCGGCCGGGGGUUGGGUAGAGUUCAACCGAGUGAACGGCAAUUUAGCCCUUUCCAGAGCACUGGGAGACUUCGUGUUCAAGAGGAAUGACAAGAAGUCGGCUCAGGAGCAGAUUGUGACGGCCUAUCCAGACGUCCAGGUGAGG